AUGCAUGCCGUGUCCGAUACACUUCUUUGGGUUCAGUUGCAUCGCUUGGACCAGCUCGUGGGAGAUGGGCGAGCAAUGGCCGACGGCUGUGGCGCUGUUGAGCGAGGUGUGGGAGGCGAAGCAGCUGGAGCCCGAAGCCAUCUAUUCCACGGGUCAGCCCUAGUCAGCUACAGCGCUGGGAUCAGCGCGUGCGAGAAGGGCGAGCAGUGGCAGCCGGCGCUUGCGCUGCUGAGCGAGAUGUGGGAGGCGAAGCUGGAGCCCGACGUCAUCAGCUACAGCGCUGGGAUCAGCGCGUGCGGGAAGAGCGAGCAGUGGCAUCGGGCGCUUGCGCUGCUGAGCGAGAUGCGGGAGGCGCAGCUGGAGCCCAACGUCAAUCUCGCUCUGUGCCCCAGACGACCUGAUUGA